UCAGCUCACGACGUUCAGACGCCGACAUUAAAAAAAAAAAAGACACAUGGAUUUAUUUAACUUUUCCGCUGUUCCUGGACUCACUUGUUGGGGCUAAAAGCAGGCAGGGCGGCUUCAAAGCAGCCGAGUAGAUUUACUCACCCAGGAGCAGUUUCUGUGAAGAGGACGCUACGUGUGUUUUUUUUAAUUAUCGACGACCAUCAAACAGCUCCGAGGAGUGAGCUAACCUGCUCAGCAAAAAGGUGCAACCCCCACCCUUCCUCCUCCUCCCCCUGUCAGCUUCCUCCCUUCCUGAUCCCUUCUCCCCAUUGGUCCUUGUUCCCACCAGGGCGUGGCUAAGUAUGGGGUAAGAGUGCCGACGGGAGACACAAAGAGAACAAGCACACGAGCGGCGCGGAGGCCCACUCACCUGCACAGGUGGUGACGGGUGCAGGAACUGUCAUGGCGCUGAUGCGAAGGAGGCUGAAGCUCGGGGUGACAGUGAUGAUGAUCAACGUCUUCCUCUUCAUCAUCAUCUCCCGACACAGCAGCCAGGACAAAAACGGGCGUCACAAGAUCGUCAUUCCUCCCAAACCGUUCUGGACCAAACUGGUACUCAGCUCGUCUUACUGGAACCGCCAGCAGCAGAUUCUGGACUUAAAGAAUAAUCCAAUCCUGCUGGCGAACUUCAGCGUCUCAGACUUGCCUGACUGGCUUACUGAUCACAAUAUGACCUCUGACCCCUGCCAGCCUGACUUGAGGGUUACCACUCAGGUGAAAGACUACAACUCGCUACCGAACCGCUUUAAGGACUUCCUGCUUUACAUGCGCUGCCGCUCUUACCCGAUCAUGGUGGACCAGCCUAACAUCUGUAAGGAGCCGCCGUUCCUGCUUCUGGCCGUUAAAUCGCUCGCGCCGCAUUUCGACCGCCGUCAGGCCAUCCGUCAGUCCUGGGGACGGGCGGGUGUCAUGGCCAAUCAGUCGGUGGUUACUAUCUUUCUUCUUGGGAACGCCACAGCGGGGGAUCACCACCCGGAUCUGUCCGAGAUGCUGCGCUACGAGAGCGAACGCCACAAAGACAUCAUCCAGUGGGAUUACAGGGACUCAUUCUUCAACUUGACUGUCAAAGAAGUCCUGUUCCUGGAGUGGAUACAGACCCGCUGUCCCGGCGCUCGCUUCAUCUUCAAAGGUGACGACGACGUCUUUGUCAACACGUAUCGCAUCCUGGACUUCCUCAAGGGCCUCUCGCCGUCCAAGGCCAGGGAUCUGUUCGUGGGUGACGUGAUCACCAACGCCGGUCCACACCGAGACAAGAAAGUCAAAUACUUCAUCCCAGAGAGCAUGUACAAGGGGGCGUACCCUCCGUACGCAGGAGGAGGCGGGUACCUUUAUUCUGGUGACAUCGCUGCUCGUCUGCAUAAUGCGUCGCGAAAAGUGGCGCUCUACCCGAUAGAUGACGUCUACACAGGUAUGUGUAUGAGGAAGAUCGGGCUUUCUCCAGAGAAGCACAAAGGCUUCAGGACAUUUAACAUAGAGGAGAAGUACAGGGCGAACCCAUGCGCCUACAAGAGCUUGAUGCUCGUUCACCCGAGGACCCCGCAGGAGAUAAUCCAGAUCUGGGCCUGGCUCAGUAGUCCUGACCUGAACUGCCAGUGAUGGCUCCACAGCAGCCAGUGUGGGACGGACUUAAAUGACCCCUGGAGAUGAGGGUUGUUCCAAAAGGUCAAAGUUAGAAAUAUUUAAUGUUGAACAGGGUCGUGACUUUAAAGUUGGCAGCUUUAAGUUAUUGCAAUGGUCACUUGAAGCCUCGUCUUGGUGCGACUUGAUGCAUCAUGUACUCCUGAAAACAAAGACGCGCUCAUAUCACGUUUAGCUACAGUUUCCAGAGUGGCCACCAUAGUAUUUUGACUCGAUGUCUGUCAGACUUCCACAGAUGAGCUAAUAACCUGCAUUACAGUCUGUCGAAUGAGCUUCACCCAAUGUGACCGUGUCUGUCUGUCUUUGCGUGCACAUAUUUAUAUCACAACUAUUUAUAUGGCCUUUAUAAUGCUUUAACACUGUGUGUCGGCUCCAUUACGGAGCGUCUCAAUGCUGUAUUAUAGAGAUAAGGAGACUAAUGACUGGGGCGUGUUCAUCUGGGGCUCUGUUUGUUGUUUGGGUUAAGGGAAAAGACGCUGUGUCGUCAGUUAUUAACAGUGAGGACGGAAAAAACAGUUGUUGAGAAUCUGAACUUAAAUCAAAGAGUGAGACAUACAUUUUAUGGCUGCUAACUCUAGAGGAGCUUCCUGGUGAACACAUCCUGGUAACUGUUGCUGGAGGCUUAGUUUGUGCUGCUAUUCCCAUCUACACUCCUUAAAGUAUUUACACGUGACUCGCUCCACCUCAAACUCAACCAGUUUCUCCUCCAUAAAGACUUGAGAGAAGUGUAAAAAAAAUCCAGAUACUUAUUAUAGUUUCUCUGUUGCAUUAUCUGUGCUGUCUGUUAUGUUUGGACAAAACUUGUAAUCAUUGUAAAAGCUUUGAAAUGGUGUGUUUUUUGGGUGGGGCGAACACACACUUUGCUUUCAGGAAACUGGAGGAAUAGGAGCCCGGCGGGUCUGGGUAAGGUCCUUACAUGGAUGGAGAGAAAUCCAAAUGCUGUCUUAAUGUCGCUUCAGGUUUUCACUUUUACACAAAAAAAAAAAAAAGGAAAAAAAAAAAAACAAACGCUCAUGUAAAACCUGAAGUGCUUUUUUCCCCCAGAGAGAUUAUAUUUCAAGCUGCUAGAGUAGCGCUUCUGUCUAAAAUACUCAUCAUUACUCGCCUCAUGUGUCUGGUAGACACUGUUAAAUGUUGCUUUAAUGUGAUAUCAGUCAGACAGUUAAGACGCCUAAAGCUUUUUGUUGCUUGACAAAUUGUCUCUGAAAAGUUCACUGAUCACAUUCAAGGCUUCAUUUCAUAAUGUUACAUAUCCCUUUUUUUUUUGGAGGAAAAGAUCGGAGAUGGUGUAUUUCUUUUAUUUAAAAAAAUGUUAAUUCAUGAAGAACUCUCUCUAAUUUAAGAGGCUCCCAUUAUAUUCAGGAAUUUAUUGUUACCUUCUUUCUAGACCGUGUUCAGGAGAUGGGGAAGGGUUUUAGAGAAAAUGGUGGAUGGCUCAUUUCGGAAGCAUUAUUUGAUAUAUUUGAAGGUUAAUGCUCAGCUCACUACUGUAUCGCUUUAGCACAAAAAAAUUGGUGUGACUUCUUUGUGCUCACUUUAUGAAAGAAAUGCUGUGCAUUGACUCUGCGUUAUUGUAAGAAAUAUGUUCCUUUUUUCAGCUGGAUGUGAGUCUCAGACACUUAUCAAGGGUGACACAUGCUGGUUACACGUUUUGUUGUUGUUGUUUUUGGAAAGCUCAGAGCCUGACGGAAAAGCUCGGGGAAGAGUAUUACAUUGAAUGUCAGAUCUUUACCUAGGUCUAAGGGUCAGUCCACUUUGAUUCAUGUAAUUGAUUUCAGCUCAAGAAGUGGAUUUUUUCAGUAUUUUACACUCAGAAUGUCACUGGACCCUGAUCCGUGAAGUCAACACUGAAAAUAAGUCGUAUGAAUGUCGGUUUCAGACUUUAAAAUUGACCCUGAACCUGAACUUACAUCAUUCACGCUCCUACUCCUCCUCUGUCAGAGCUCCCCCUGCUGGUCAGGGAGGACAUCUUUAAAGUGUGUGAGACUCAGAGCUUUAUACAGACACUGGUAACUCCAAUGGCUCGUUUAUUUAUACAUAUUUUUAAGCAUCCGUUCAUUAUGUUGGCCUUUGACUCCUCAGAUUCCCCACAUCAUCACUCACAGAAACUUUUCUCUGCUUUUCACUGUUUUAUAAAAAGCUCCUCAUGGCAACAUCAAAACUUUUUUUUAAAUCUAGACAAUCACAGCAAGGUUAUAAAAGUAUAAUUUUGUACUGUUUUUUUGUGGGAUUACCACCUGAUAGACACUAUUUGAAUUGCUCAUGUGGUAGUAUCAGUCUAUCUCCGAGUGGGAUUCAACAAACGCUAAGAAAAGGAGAGAGAGAGAUGAAAUAGGAGCUGAGGGCUGAGUGGAGCUAAUUACAUACUUAAUUAAAGAAAUAUUUAAUUGGUCUCACUGUGGGGUCGUUUAUCCUCAAUAUGUUCACCCCUCAUAUCCUGAAUUGUAGGUUUUGUUUUGUUUUGUUUCCGUCACUGCAGAGUUUGUGGCUACUUGAAAUGUUUACAUGUCUUCGUAAAAAGUCACCAUCACUUAUUUUUUUAUAAUUGGUACUCCUGUCUGAUGAUUGGCUGUGUGUGUGUGUGUGUGUGUGUUUGUGGCAGAGGGGUUGGGGUGGGGUAUUUUUCCAGGUCUAGGGCUAAUAAGCAACUUCCUCCUCCUUUUUUUUUGUUUUUUUAUUUUGAAUUUAAACUUUCAGCCGUUACCGCGCUUUAUUUUUGUAAAUUUUUGUUUCACUGUUAGAUGCACAUGUUCACUGUGUUUUUUUGUUUCAUAGUUUCUCCGGUCUUAGUUGCCAAUAUGUGUAUUUUUUUUGUCUGAUCUUCUGUGAACCAGUGGGUAAAAUAUAAACAUUAUUAUUUAUUUAUUAUAAUUUAUAUGCAUUUAAAGACCGUGUAAAGUGACAUUUUCUAAUAAAAAUAUUAAAUAGGUCAUAAAUGUAUUUCUAAAAAAGGUGUAAAAAGCAAUUCAACCAUUUAGAUUUGAAUUGUGAAGUUAGGCUUCAGAAACUGUGUUUCAAGAUUUCUGUGUCUGGAUUUAAUGGGCGGGUCUUAAAAUCACCACCGCGUUUACCAAUAGCACGGUUACACACCGGAGCAUAAACCCGCCCCUGCUGCUGUAGGUAUGAAUACAUUCAGCGCACACUACUACUACUACUACUACUACAGUUAGCCAGUUAGCUGCCGAGCUAGCAGCUGAGUUGUUGUUUUUUUAAUAAAGCUUUUUUGUUCAACAAUCAUCAUUUACAGAAACAACAUUUUUUGAAACAGUAGUUCUCAGACCUAGCGUCCAUGUUUCUGGUAGAGGCGGUGACUUUGAUAGGUGACACUUGGUAGGGGGCGGGGUUUCAGCGGACUCGAUGGGCACUCCCACAGCGUUUGGGAGAAGAGAAAAAAGGCAGACUUUUACACAACUUUGAAGCCUAAUUUCAUAUAUUUGGCAGGGUGGUUAACAACACACUUUUCUGUGAUAUGUCAAACUCAGAACACAUAUUUAUUCUUACUUUACACAGACUUUAAAUGUCACAAUAGCUUCAGGGUGAUGAAUCAGUUCAACCCCAGGGUCAAAAUAUUGAAUAAAACCUAAGUAGGGGAGGAGUUGAGGAGUUAUCAUGUCAUAAAAAUCCCUCAAUUUGCCCAACAAACAGGAUUUGGUCAAUUAUUUGGCUAUUAUUAGAUAAAAUCUUCAAACAAAUUGUUAUUUCUUUUAUUUUUUGUAUUUGUUUCAUGAGACAUCAACUCAAACAUACAACCUUUAAUUUUUUUUACCGUACAUCUCUGCAUUAAAUCUCCUGUUAACACGUUAACGUCAGAGAACCCGUUGUUACUGUUAUACAACACCUGCACUAGAGUCAGAUGAUCACCAAAUCUGUGCCUGAUGUUUGUAUGUAAUGUAUGUGUGUAUGAGACUAUCCUUCAACCAUGUUAAGUGUGAUCCCUUUUUUUUUUUAUUACCUAGAAUGACUUGAUUAAAUAAAGUUAUAUUUUGCUGUUUUUUGUAUAUACUGUUCAAUGCAUUUUUAUUGUAAGACAAAUAAAUUAUGUGAA